AUGGGCCAAGCCCCAGAGACGGGGCAAGCAGACAAAGUCCCAAUUCUGCAGCAGCAGCUGCAGCAGCAGCAACUGCAGCAGCAGCAACUGCAGCAGCAAAUGGAGCAGCAGCAGCUGCAGCAGCAAAUGCAGCAGCAGCAAACCGCCAAAGAGGGGUUUAAAAAAGCUGACGGAGAGCUGCAGCAGCAGCAGCAAGAGCAGCAGCAGCAGCAGCGGCAGCAGCAUCGAGAGCAGCAGCACAAAGAGCUGCAGCACAAAGAGCAGCAGCAGCAGCAGCAGCAGCGCUUCGCCAGCUUAAAUUCUUCGAGCGCAGCAGCCUUCACCAGUUUCCUCCUUGCGGCGCAGCAGCAGGAGCAGCAGCAGGAGCAGCGGCGGCAGCAGCAGCAAUCGCAGCACCAACCGCAGCCGCAGCAGCAGCAGCAGCAGCAUAAUUUUUGCUUCUGCAGAUGUGUCUUCGAGCGGCAGCGGGACCGGCAGCGCCGCAGGAAGCAGCAGCAGCAGCAGCAGCAGCAGCAGCAGCAGCAGCAGCAGGAUGUGGUGCUGCUGCAGGACUUCGAGUUCCCUGCUGCUUCCUCCAAAAUCCGAGUUAGCCCAGACCUCAACUACAUCGCAGCCACGGGGGUUUACCCGCCCCAGGUGCGGGUGUUUGAUGUGGGGAGUCUGGGGCUGAAGUUCCAGCGGGGCCUCGACAGCGAACCAAAAGACAUUUAUUUUUUAUCCGAAGACUUUUCCAAAUUUGCAAUUUUGGAAAACAACAGAUGGAUUGAACUCCACGCGCAGGGAGGCAGGCACCACAGGCUGCGGGUGCCAACUGAAGGGACGAGUUUGACUUACCUGCCGUGGUCCGCCACUCUCUGCUGCAGCAGCAGCAGCAGCAACCCGCGCCCCUCCUCCCGCAACAGCAGCAGCAGCAGCAGCAGCAGCAGCAGCAGCAGCAGCAGCAGCAGCAGCAGCAGCAGCAGGGUUUACAUGCUAGACCUCGAGUCUGGCCUUUUUCUCGAGCCUUUAAUUUGCUGCUCCUCUGUUGGCUUUUGCUGCUGCCAUUCGGAGCUGCUGCCGCUGCUGGCAGUUGGAGGCGAAAAAGGAAUUUUGGAGUGUUUCGACAUCCGGACGGGGCGGUCCGCGGCGGUGUUGCGCGCGGGCGAAGUUUCGAGCUCAGUCACUGCAGCAGCGUUUUCUCCAACUUCUUUAGAAAUUGCGAUUGGCACUUCAAAUGGAUUAUGUUUAUUAUUUGAUUUGCGAUCUCCGAAGCCUUUGGGGGCCUUCAGCCACAGGAACUUCUCCCCCGUCAACACGCUCCAGUGGCUGCAGCAGCAGCCUGCAGCAGCAGCAGCAGCAGCAGCUGAGGGGAACCCUGCAGCAGAAGCAGCAGCAGCAGCUGCUGCUGCUGCAACCAGCAGAAUCGCAAGCUGCGACGGCGUCUCCAUCAAAGUCUGGACACCGGGCAACUCCGACAGCAGCAGCAGCAGCAGCAGCAGCAGCAGCAAACUGUUGGCGAGCAUCGAGGCCCCUCUUGUGUGGGAAAACCCGAUGGCGCCCCGCAACGACAAGGAGGAGCAGCAGCAGCAGCAGCGGCAGCAGCAGCAGCAGCAGCGAGUUGUCCGCUUUACUUCAUUUUCUGUUUUUGGAAAUUCGGGUUUAUUCCUGGCCUCGACAGACCACAGACAAAUGGCAGCAUACUUUGUCCCUUCUCUAGGCCUCGCCCCCAAGUGGUGUUCCAUGCUGGACAGUUUGACGGAGGAGCUGGAGGAGCAGCAGCAGCCCGGGAGCGCAGCAGCAGCAGCAGCAGCAGCAUUUUCUUCGCUGCAGUUCUUAACUGAGCAGCAGCUGCAGCAGCUAAAUGCGCAGCACCUCAUUGGCAGCCCUUUAGUCACUCGUUAUCUUCAUGGCUACUUCAUUGCCAAAGAACUCUAUGACCAACUCAAGGCAGCAGCGGAACCCUUCGCGUUUGAGGCGUACAGACAGCAGAAAAUCAAAGAGAGACUUGAAAAGAAAAAGACAAUGCGCAUACAGGUGCGGCGGAAGCUGCCAAAGACAAAUGCCGAAUUUGCUGAAAAGCUGCAGAGGACUUUGGAGGCCACGAAGGAUAGUAACAGCAAGAAGCAAAAACGGGACGCAGCAGUUGCUGCUGAGCUGCUGCAAGACAGCAGAUUUAGCCGCUUGUUCACAAACCCUGAUUUCCAGAUGGAGCAGGAGACGCUGUAA